UCUCUUUUCUUUCAUUAUGAGCUCCAUUGGAAAUACAAUAUUCUUAUUCUUAACAUUUUUAGUUGCUAGCAUUGUCCCUACCAUCUCACAAUCAUGCAACUCAUACAGGUUUUCAAACAACAUCAACUAUGCAGCUUGUGAGGAUUUGUCUGUUCUUGAAUCGUCAUUGCAUUGGAACUAUCAUCCUGCGUCAGGUGUAGUGGAUGUUGCAUUCAACAAGGCCAACGCAAAGGAUUCAAGUUGGGUUGCAUGGGCCAUCAACCCUACCUCAAAGGGCAUGCUGGGUUCACAAUCAUUCGUCGCAGUUCAUAAAUCAAAUGCCACCAUCAGAGCAUACACAUCGAUAACCAGUUAUGCAACAAUGCUAGAAGAGGGUGAUCUCAGUUUUUCAGUUUACAGCCUUUCUGCGUCAUACACAAAUGGUCGCAUCAUCAUCUUCGCAAGUUUUCAACUUCCCUCCAACAAGACUGUGAUGAACCAUGCUUCGCAAGAGGGUUUGGUUUCUGAUGAUGACACUCUCAUGCCUCACUCUUUCUCAAGCUCUAAUCUCCAAUCCCAUGGAACCAUCGAUUUCAUAUCCGGCAAGGUUUCUAAACCCAAUGGAGACGUGAACUCACGAGCCACAUUGGGAAACGUAAGAAAUAAUUUGAAUCCUCAUGGAAUAAUGAUGCCAAUUGGAGUGAUGGUGAGUCGUUACUUGAAGGUGUUUGAUGGUUUGGGAGACACAUGGUUUCACUUGCAUCGACCAUGCCAAUCAUUGGCCUUCUUCAUCGCCAUUGUUGGGUUUGGGAGUGGCUUGUACAUUGGAAAUCACUAUGGGGUUCAUCAUGCUCCUCUUCGAUGCGUUGGAAUCACUCUAAUGUGUCUUGCAUCCGCACAAAUUUGUGUUGCUGUGUUUUCUGGGCUUAACAAGGAUCAUAAGUACAAAACAUUUUGGAACAUUCUUCGUUACAUAGUUGGUUACACAACUAUUGCCUUGACCAUAUGGAAUGUUUUGAAAGGUUUUGAGAUUUUGAAUGUUGAUAAUGUGUGGAAGAAUAGUUAUUUGGGCAUAAUGAUAUCUUUGGGCGCCAUUAUUGUCGUUUUGGAGGUCAUAACAUGGAUUUGGAUUUGCGAUGAGGAGACAACUACAGACUCUUAGGAUCAUGCUAACAUUGAUCAACUAGAGACAUCGACUAGAUAGUAGAUAGUAUAUUCUAUUUGAGUAUUUUCAGAUUUUUCAA